GCUCUCCUUCAUUUGAUUUUUUCGCACCUCUAGAACAGUGCCUACAAUUUUGUGAUAUCACACCUAGCUUUAAUCGCAAACUUUCGUAGCGAUGGCGCAUGAACUAUGAUAGUGAACGUGCCUGUCGGUAAGGCAUUAACCAUGAAGUACGUGACCAUGUUACGCCAUGUUUGAUUAAUAACACGUGCCGCUUUUGAUAUACGGUUGUCCGAUACGUUUUCUUCAAAUUUCAAAUAACAAUUCAGCAUUGCCGGGUAGUAAUACGCAAUUAAAAAAUGGAUAAACAGCUCAAAGAAUUAGCUAUUGACCUGUUCGAAAUUAACGCAGUAAAAUUUGGAGAUUUCGUCACCAAAGUAGGAUUAAAAACUCCAGUAUAUGUUGACUUGAGGAUGAUCAUUGCAUACCCCAAAAUAUUGAGAAAAAUAUCAAAAAUUCUGUGGGCUUUAGCUGAAGAUGAUAAGGAUGUGGAUCAAAUUUGCGGUGUGCCAUACACCGCUUUGCCUAUAGCCAGCGUAAUAUCAGUAGAGUCAGAUAUUCCAAUGCUGAUUCGCCGCAAGGAAGCGAAAGCCUACGGUACAAAGAAAUUAAUUGAGGGAAGCUUCAAGCAAGGGGACACGUGUGUAAUAAUCGAGGACGUUGUGACGAGUGGUAGCAGUAUUUUAGAGACUGUCAGGGAUCUGCAGAAUGAAGGACUGAAUGUCACAAAAGCACUGGUCAUCAUGGACAGACAGCAGGGUGGCAGGAAGAACAUCGAGAACAGUGGCAUCCAGAUGCAGAGCCUUUACACACUCAGCCAACUGAUGGAUUACCUCUUGGAAGCGAAAAAAGUUACUGCGGAAACUGUGCAGACAGUCACUACGUAUCUGAGCGAGAACGUGGCCCCGGUGAAGACUCUUGAAGAUGAAUCUGCCCCAAAAAGAUUGAAACUGGACUUUGCGGAGCGUUCAAAACUCGCCAUUAACCCUCUAGCUGCAAAACUCCUGAAUCUCAUGAGCCAGAAGGAAACAAUGCUCUGUCUCGCAGCAGACCUAACGUCUGCCCAAGAUAUAAUCGACCUCACGGAGAUUGCAGGGCCUCACAUAGCUGUACUCAAGAUCCACGUGGACAUAAUCGAAGAUUUUAACCAGACUUUCAUCCAAAAACUCAAGCAAUUAUCUGAAAAGCACCGAUUUUUAAUAAUGGAGGAUCGAAAAUUCGGUGAUAUUGGGAAUACAGUGUCACUUCAGUAUGAAAAGGGCUUAUACAAAAUAGCAGAAUGGGCGGAUUUGAUCACCGCUCAUCCUGUCCCAGGUGCAGGAAUUCUGGAUGGUCUCAAAAAUGCCCUGAAAAAUAUUUCCGGUGAUCGUGGGGUGUUCCUGAUCACUGAGAUGUCCUCGCAGGGAGCUUUGACGAGAGAGAACUACAUAAAGGAAUCCUUGGCACUCAGCAAAGACUCAGACCUUAUCACGGGACACGUGUGUCAAUCUAACAUCUUCUCUGACCCUGGAUUGAUCCAACUAACUCCUGGGGUAAAACUCGCGAAAGCUUCUGACGCCUUGGGACAACAGUAUAAUACUCCAGAGGUAGUUGUUAGCGCUGGAGCUGAUUUAGCAGUCGUUGGACGGGGUAUCACUGAAUCCCCCGACAAAAUAUCGUCAAUUCUCAAGUACAAAACCCAACUGUGGGCUGCGUACAAAAACCGAAUAAGUUCAUGAUUUUUCCAUUGAUUAUUGAUAUCAAGUUUGGGCUACGGUGUACAAUUAAUAUUUGAUAAAAGCUAUUUACGAUGAUAAUGCAUUGUAUAAAUGGUUCCGAAUAUUUUUCUACAUAUAUAGAUAGGAAAUGGGCGUGGUAAUGUUUGCCACGUUAACAAUGUCAAUUAUUCACAUGGACUUAAAAAUCAACGAUGUAGUCAACGUUGGAAUAAAGACUGCCUGAGUUCGUGCCUUA